AGCCGGUCUUAAAUCAACCAGUAGGAUUGCAGCAUAGCAGUGGUGCUGACUCCAUUCUCUCUGCCCCUCUCCCUCCUCUCUCUCUCUCUUGCUGCCCUCUCAUUUCUCCACACUACUGCUAACAUGGCUGAGGCAUUCGCAGGCACAUGGAACCUGAAGGAGAGCAAGAACUUUGAUGAAUACAUGAAGGCCCUGGGUGUGGGCUUUGCAACACGCCAGGUUGGCGGUAUGACCAAGCCCACCACCGUCAUCGAGGUAGCGGGAGACACGGUCACUCUGAAGACGCAGAGCACCUUCAAGAACACCGAGAUCAACUUCAAACUGGGAGAGGAGUUCGACGAGACCACCGCCGACGACAGGAAGGUCAAGUCCCUAAUAACGGUUGAGGGUGGUAAGAUGAUUCACGUGCAGAAGUGGGACGGCAAGGAGACCACUCUGGUUCGUGAAGUCAGCGGCAACGCCCUCGAACUGACACUGAAUCUUGGUGAUGUCAUCUGCACACGCUCCUACAUCAAGGCCGAGUAACAACGUCCACCAAAAACUAUCCUUUACCACACCUGCCAAAAUAACAACAACCCUUCACCCUUAACCCCGAUCCCCACUGUAACGACCUCUAACCCCUGUCUGACCUCUAACCCCCGACCCCUUCUAUGUUGUCCCGUCCUUCUCUUUGUAGUGCUUCUCCUUUGUAUGAAACACUGAAUAAAUUCCACUGACGUUUAUUUUCUUCUCUAAAGCCUUCCUGAGUUCUUCUCUGUCAGUCACCUCACAAUCCCCAUGACAACAGUCACAACACCUACAUCAGAGGCUCGACUUUCAUCAAUCCACAGGGAUUUUGCCACUGGCCUGGAGGAAACUCAGUGAAUCUACUAACUGUGUGUAGCAACCAUUUUGUGCCAAAUGGCUCAUCACGUGUUUCAGUUGUAGCAGCCAUCUGGGUGGGUUAUGGCAGCCAUUUUGUGCCAAAUGGCUCAUCACGUGUUUCAGUUGUAGCAACCAUCUGGGUGGGUUAUGGCAGCCAUUUUGUGCCAAAUGGCUCAUCACGUGUUUCAGUUGUAGCAGCCAUCUGGGUGGGUUAUGGCAGCCAUUUUGUGCCAAAUGGCUCAUCACGUGUUUCAGUUGUAGCAACCAUCUGGGUGGGUUAUGGCAGCCAUUUUGUGCCAAAUGGCUCAUCACGUGUUUCAGUUGUAGCAGCCAUCUGGGGGGGUUAUGGCAGCCAUUUUGUGCCAAGUUGAGAUCUGAGGCUGCUGUAGGGGAAGCAGCACAUGGCUCCUCAGACGGAUCAAAACUGCUCUAUAUUCUGCUGUCAGAGAAGGGUGUGUGUAGGCAUUGCGUGUGCGUAGUGUUGGAUUCUGGGUAAACUUUGAGCAUUGAGAUAUUAAAGACAUGAUAGAUCAGACGCAGAGUAUAUAAAGGAGUGAGAAGGUAAUGGUUCUCUGUAGUAAGACAACUAAGCUUGGAAUGUGUUGAGUGCAGGGAAAACAAUCGCAUGUGACAGUACUGAUAAGGGGAGAAACGGUUGAAGGCUCAUAUCACUUAGUUCCCUGCUUAGAAAGAAUGAUGUAAUGUUUAGAGAUACGGAGGAGACUCCAGCCAAAGUUGGGUAUGAAUACCACCACGGGGGAAGCCAUGUCUGUGUCUGAAUUACAGCUGUAACAACCCUUUGGGAAGAAUUAAACUUAGACAAGGUC